CAUCCUGUGGCGGUGAAUGUUCUCUGUGGCUUCAUGGCCCAGCAUCCUGAGAGGGAUGCACUAGACUGCACUGCAUUUCCUCACUCUGUUAGUGACAGUCUACAGCAGGCUACUAGAGUAACAGGGAAAGCGAACUAUACACAAGGGUUACUCAAAAUGGACAAAAUACAGUUGACUUUUCCCUGUCUGACUGUCCUUUUGGGUCUCGUCCUGGCUUCUACCACCACAGCCCAGACACAUCCAGUCAAUACCACUGUAACCCAGCCCACCUCAGCUUCCAACCCAGCCAACAACACAGCCACUCCAGAACAUACCACGACUGUAGACAACAAUAAUUUAACAUUAUCCGCCAUAACCCCAAACCUUACUGAUCUCAUUUUUGAUAACGUCCCUAUAACCAAUUCCACCGGGAGGCCUAACCACACGAUAACCACACCACUGAAGACCAGUUCAGAUGCCUCUCCAGGACCGACAUCCUGGCCCUCACCAAUGGACAUCUCUACAUCAAAGCCCCCAGCAGAGGCCAGCAGCACAACUGCUAGCACUUCUGCUACUAGCACCACCGAGAAUAGAAGUUUGGCGGGAACUGCUCAACCAAAACCCUCUGCGAGAAAAUCGCCCCACAUUGGAUUGAUCAUCUUUCUUGUGCUCAUCAUCGCUGCCUGUGUGCUUGGAGCAGCAUGCUUCUUUACUAAGAAGGCAUCAAGGAGGUACUCCGUAGAUCUCCGAGACAGGCAUGAGGAUCUGCCUCUGAGUGCUGCGGAUCCCGACGCCGUGUUUGACAACUCCUCAACACAGAAGGGGAUGGACACCUUUACCGCCGUGGAUCUCAACAGCACCGAGGUCCUGGUUAAGGGAAGUGAGGGAGAAAGAGCAGAUAGUGAAAAAAUCUCUGACUACCCACCUCCUGCCAGCCCUGUGGACGAACCUGAUGAUGGGGCUCCUGGAGAUGUGGCCCCUGAGGCCCCAGCGGGGGAGACUGAUGACGAGAACACUGUCUCCAAUAAGACCUCAAUGGAGUCAGUGGAGGCCAACAAGAACAACAACAACAACAACACCAGCAUCACCGCCAGGAUCGCUUCAACAACUCCAAGAGACACUUUCUUCUCUCUCUCACACACUUUCUCAGGACGGGCCAUGACCAGCAGCUUCUCUGAGGUUCCUCUGGACAACCCGGCCUAAAAGAGAUCCUCCUUUAUCUGCAGCCCCUUCACAACCACGCCGGUGUCCCCAUCCAACAAAAUGGGUUGUUUUAGCAUUCCUGUCCACUCCUCCUGGGUCGAACCUACUCUCCGGGCCUCUGGGCCUACAGUGAUCAGAGACUUGGUGAAAGAUGGACAUUCACCUGCUGGUAUCGCCUCAAGCAUCAGCUCCAACCUCCAACAUUCCUUCCUCAGGCCCAAACUGACGAGUCACACCACGGCUUAAUAUGCCUGUGUCUUUCAGUGUGUUUGUCAUCGCAGUUGGGGGACUUUUCUCCCCACUCUCCAGGUGUAAGAACAGUUUACUUUAAAUUAAAGCUUUAGGUAUGUUACACUUCUGCCACUAUUGCUACAUUUUGAUGUGUGUUUAUGGUGGUUUUAAAAUGGGGAUGUUUGAUAGUGAAAUGUGACUAGUUGAGAAACAGUAAUGCAAGUUGACGCAGGGCUGUGCAUAUUCAUGACUAUAAUGAAUUUGGCUUUUGUUGUUGUUAAUGUAAUGCACUAUGCAUAUAUUGCACAUAAACCCAUUAGAAGAAACACUGUA